CCAGCCUCUCUCACCUCCUCAGAUAUACUCUUCCAUUCAUUGGUCACCACUUCCUAACACUGUCACCCUCUGUCCCCUCCCUUUGACUGCCUUCCCACUUGUCUGCAGGCACUAUUGCUGGAGUGUAAAGCCAUGUAUAGUGGGCAGAGGUUUGAGUGGGAUAGGAAGUGGGAACCAUGAGUGCCUACUACAGUUUCUCAUGAGGUUUGUCAGUAGGAGAAAGUGAGGUGGGAUGUUAACUUGAAUGGAAAGCAAGCUAAAGGAAAGGAUUGAUGCAGGAUAUAGAGACGAGCAUGUGGGAUGGCAGAGGAAAAGGAGAUAGACCACAAGGAGAGAUGUUAAAUAUGAGGAGAGGAGAGCUAAUUAAUGGAGCAAGUGGGGGUAGGGGGCAAGUGCAGGAUGGGUUUAAGAGUCUCAGUGCAGAGAAGGGACACCUCAACACCUAUGGCCAGAAGGUGCUAAGGAUAAACAAGGAUAUAGAUAUUCAAGGUGGGCAGAGGAGGCCAGCUCAGAGAAGUUUCUAUAAACUGUGGGAAUGGAUAUUUUUUGCAUCCAGGGGUGAUAAAAGCAUUUUGUGGGGCUGUUCUGACCAAAUUCUCCACGCCCAGUCACCCUGUGUGCGUACUCUCAUCUUGGUUGGCAUGACAGUUACUCCCCUGAAUGAGACGCAGUCUCAAGGGAAAUCAGUUGGCACUGCGUGAACGGUGCAGGCACUGGCUUCCUAGCUCCACAACCUUGUGGCUAACUUCUCUGAGACUCAGUUUCUUCUUCUGUAUCAUAAUAGUGUCUAUCUCAUGGGUUCUCUUAAGUAUUGAAGUAGACAGUGUUUUAAAAUACAGUUAAAGACUCAAUAAAUGGGAGCUGUUGGUGUCAUUGAACUUGUUAUGGCGGAUGACCAGGCUCUUGGAGCUUCUUCUCCUCUCUUUUCCUGUAAGAGCCCAUGGAUAUCGGGACUUGAGACACCAUCUCCCUUCAUUUGUCCCUUAUUUCAUGAGCCUGCGCUACUGGCAGGGGCAUGAGGUAGGGCGGUCUACAGGGCCUCACAUUACUUACAGAGGAGCCAAGCCCCCAGCCCUCUCCCAUCCUCCCCUCCCCAUGCUUCUUUCUUUCCUGCACACUGGCAGUCCUUGCCAGCCCUCUCUUUCUGGCUGUCUGGCAUGCUGGCAUCUCCCAUGUUCCUGCUGAACUUUCUGGGCUUGUGGGACUGGAUGUGCCAACAAUGGAUCCCCUACUUCGUGGUGAGGUUCACUGUGACGUACAGUGAACAGAUGGUGAGCAAGAAGCGGGAGCUCUUUAGUAACCUGAAGGAGUUUAUGGGCCCCUCUGGGGAGAUCUCCCUGCUGGAUGAGGGCUGUGGCACAAAGGCCAAGUUCAAGUUCUGUCCUCCUGGAAGCAGGGUGACCAGUAUUGAUCAGAAUCCCAGCUUUGAGAAGUUCUUGAUCAAGAGCAUUGCUGAGAACCGACACCUGCAGUUGGAGCGCUUCAUGGUGGCUGCCGGGGAGAACAUGCACCAGGUGGCUGACGGCUCUGUGGAUGUGGCGGUCUGCACCCUGGUCUGGAAGGUGUGCGGAGUGCUGAGGCCAGUGAAUGGGGGUGAGGGAAGUGGGAGAGAUCCAUCUGCACUGUGCGCCAGCCAAGUGGGACACCUGUAGGCUUCAGGCAUAGCUCCCACUAAGGGUGACCUUCGACAAGUCACUUCACUAAUUCCUUUGUUCAUUUAUUUAACCAAUAGACAUUUAGAAAGUGUUGACUAUGCUCAGCAACACGGUAUUUCUGGGGUAAGAAAUUAGUCUCUGAGAGAUUAAAUGACUUGCACAAAAGCACAGAGCUCUCAGAAAUGUCAGACACGCAACUAAAAUUCAAGCACCUUAACUUCUAGGUUGAAGACAUCUAGCCCAGAGAUCUCACCACGCCAUGAUUGUGCUGGCCUCCACCCCAGUGUCUUCUAAGUCCCUUCACAGAGUCCAGCUUUCAAAAGAUGAGAACAGUGAAUCCCAGAACAUCUUCCUUCUCCAACAAAUGACAGUGUGGAGGUGCACAGACAGCCAUCUUUAUUUUACCUCACGUGUUCUUCAGUUCUUCCUUUGGGGCCCCAGAAGUUAUCUACAUACCACUCUCUAGCCCUUUUCUCUAGGAAGUCAUUAUUCAUUUGUGGAAAAAUAAAGAAGUAUGUUAGGGAAGAAAGGGAAAAGCAGGGGAAAUCAGUUUCCCCAAAGACAUUGCAGAUGGCCUGGACUUGUUUUAGAAUUGUUUGCUGAGGAUGGAUUCCUGAGAGAGGAAGAGUUCAAGUCUCCAUACUUUCUUUGAAGCACUCAUACAUGUUGUCAAGCUGUACAUGCUUUUUCCCAUUAAAAAAAAUGCCUUUCCACUGUCAUGUAAUUGUCUUCAUAGUAUCCCAUUGUAUGGGAAUAUCAUUUUUUAAAAUCAAUAUAAUACUUAACUUAGAGACAAUUUUUUUCUUUGCUAUUACAAGCAAUGCUGUAGAAACAUCCUGGACUUGACUUGAUUACUUUUGCAGGAAGAACUGAGUGAGCUUACAGGAUAAGAGUAGAUAAUUUAAACAAAACACAUGCACACAAGUUUUUAAUGUCCUUAAAAUGCUGUUCCAAUUUAUCUUCCCUUUGAAGGUGAUUAAUCAUUUGCAAAGCACAGCAUUUCUGGCCUCACCGCUUGUUGACACUGCGUGUCUCUUGUAGGAUCAGCCUCUGGAUCUCUCUGAAGUUCCCGCCCCCUUCAUAGUCCACUUUCCUGUGGUUCAUAAAGAAAGGCAGUUUUUCUUCCACUGCCACUGCCUGAAACUUCUGCAGUGUCCAGAAUUAGCAGCAGGUAUCAAGGCGGAAGCCUGCAGCUUCUCUCUAGAAAGGAGCUUUCAAAAAAUAAAGUAUGAGAAGUUUUCAAAAAAAAUUAAAGAAGACAUUGCAGAUGGCAUCACCUUGUACCUUUGGAGGCUAUUAACUUUUCAGUGCUUCUUAUUUCAUUUUCCUUAAUUAUAAGGCAAUUAAUCAAUGCAUCCUAAUUAUUAAAAAGAAUGUUAAAAUUGAAGACAUGGAAAAAUGAAAGUUUUCCCUUACUUUCCUAAAUUCCACUGCUCUUACCUGUCCCCAUGGGUUGCUACUAAUAAUGGGUAUCCUUCCAAAGUUUUCUUUUCCUUUUUCAAAUACCUCCCCACUGGAAGUUUUUCUAUGUCAAGUUUACUAAUAGUUACUUUCACAUUUCAAGUUUUAUUUAAAUCCAUACUUCGCUAUCA